GACUGCAAUUUGCAAUAACUUCGAUACGUUUGCAACCAGAAAUCAAUUAAAAUGAACGACAAUAUCAUUAGAGAAAUGGAAAAAGCCGCCGACAUGAUAAUGGCCCCCCCAAACAUGGUGUCUAAUGAACAAAGGCAUAUCGCAGAGACCAUUUUCCUAGACUUUAGGAAGAGCAAGGCUCCGUACGCCUUGUGCAGGGACAUAUUGGAAAAAUCCCAGAAUCAAUAUCUCCUCUUCGAAGCGGCGGAGGUUCUGAAAGGGGCCGUUAUCAGGGAAUGGUCUUUUCUAUUCGAGAACGACAAAACAUCCCUGAGACAAUAUUUAUUUCAAUACAUCACCUCGAAAACGUUACCCCCUUUCGUACGGGAUAGGAUAGUCCAAGUCAUAGCGAUAAUGGUGAAGAGAGCAAGCAUAGACGAUGGCGGACGAGAGAGAGGAAAUAUAUUAAAAGAAGUCGAAAAUCUAAUAGUCAACGCCGAACCCAAUAAAAAAAUAUUGGGCUGCAAUAUACUAUCGAAUUUGAUGCAAGAAUACGCCACAACGGUGAAAUCUACGGACGUCGGUCUGCCGUGGGAGGUCCAUUUCAAAGUCAAGAAACAAUUCGAGGGUACCGAUCUGAAAAGGAUAUUCCAAUUCUGCGUCUAUCUUCUAUCAGAAGUCGUCAAAAACGAUCCACCUUUCUCCGAUUCGUUGAUGGAACUCUCCAGGCAUCUGCUCAGAAUAACGGAGACCGUCUUGACCUGGGGCUACGUAUCGCCGAUUCAUAUCCUUUUUAUCUCAAAUAAAUCUACUAAAAUUAGUAUCUACGAAUCGGUGCACGCCGCCGACGCCGCGCCCGCCCUGAAGCUGUCCCCUUCCUGGUCGGACACCAUGCUAAAUUCCGCGCUGUUACCUCUGAUGUUCCAAAUAUACUGGAAGUUUCGCGACGCCGAGCACUUAUCUCACCACUCGUUGAACUGCCUGGUCCAAUUGGCCUCGUUAACCGGCGGCAUAUUCGAUUCGGACGAGGCCAGAAUGAAGUACCUCCAAGACUACCUGAUGUCCUUUUUCAACAUGGUUUCCAAUAUCACUAUUAAGAGUACGGAGUGCUUGGGGUUUUCGAAUAUCGCCAAGAAGCUGUUGACGUUUUUCGUACAGAGCAUCAUGAAGUUGCCGGACGGCAUGAAAGAUACGUUACUCGAUGAAUUCACCAGGAUUACCUGUCACUUUUGCGACGGAGCCACCAUGGAAGAAAUACACAACGAAGAAGACAGGUGCUUCACCGACGCGCUCGAAAACAUGCUCGACGCGUGGACUACUAUUUUUCAGGAAUUGGGCCACAAUCACGUGGAGCCGAAGUUUUUGGAUUGCGCCCAACAAGUGUUCAACAAGUACAUUCAAUGCCACUUAGCGCCGCCGGACGGUUGCAGGAAAACCAGCGUGGACCUCGAAGACAUCGAGGACAACGAAGACAACGACAGGACCAAGUUCAAGGAGCAGCUUCAAGUCAUCGGAAUGUUUGGAAGAGUGGUGCCCAGGCAUUCAUUACCCGUUUUAUACAAGUUAUUAGAAGAUAGGAUAAAUAAGUUGGUAAAUCACUUGCAAGCGAUGCAAACGCGAGCCAUGAACGUGCAGGAAUCCGAAGCUCUGGAUAAUUUGUUUGAAGAUUUACAUUGGAUUAUACUGGUAUCGGGUCACAUACUGUGCAUGGAUAGCGACGGUGAAACGCCUAUGAUACCAUCCGAAAUUAUGCAGUAUUCAAUCGAUCAGCACAACAGGCACGAAAGUACAUUGAACGCUACAAUGAACGCUAUAUUGGCCACCGAGUCUAAGAUAGCCGUGCCUGAUGGUUUUGAACAAUGCGAUCAUAUCAUACGAAUAGUGUUCGAUGUAAUGAAACUUUGCACCAUUGAAGACUACGCGGCCUCCGUUAAUCUGGCCCAAUUCAUGAGCCCUGAAGUGGGAUCGUCGAUAAUGUGGUUCCUGAAAAGGUGGUGCCUUUCCUACCUAUUGCCUGUAGAGAAUUAUUACCAAGAAUUAAGUCCGACGUUAUUAGGCUGCUUAGGUAAAGACACCGACGGCUCGAAAGUAGUCGUAAGUUACGUGUUGUCCAAAAUCCAGUCCAAUUUGUACCACUUCCAAUCCGAACCAAUAUUGCUAAGGGACACGGUGGAACUCUUCUGCGACAUAGCCAGCGUCAAGCAAAGGUCUUCAUCGCAAAUCGUGAAAACCGAGAGCAUGCGCAACCUGAUCAAGUUAUUCGGCGAUCUACAGCCGGGCUCGCUGCCGCCCAACAUCGUCAGAGGCCUGUGCAAGGGCUUCGUGCUGGCCGGGCUGGCGUUGCACACGAGAAACGGCCACCCGGACGGCCAGGCCGCCAUGAACGAGUACUACGAGCUGAUCCUGAUGCCGCUGCAGCAGCGCUUCAAGCACAUCUUGGGACGCGAGGACUUCGCGCGGAUCAGUCGCGAUGAAAGGACGCAAAAGGUCGUCGUGGAUUUGCUGGAAUCCUUCAUAGGGAUAGCCAAAGGUUCGGCCAUGCCCAACGUGAUUAUAUUGUUUCAUUUUCUAGCGCCUAUACUGAGCGAAUUGCCGGUUUUUAUAACGAUUUACGCCGAUUACCAAGUGAUUGUUCAGUUGAUUUUAGAGUUGUUCGGACAAUGCGCCAAGUACAUGUUGUGCUAUUUACCGCCGUUGGACAGUAAACGAUUGUACGAAAGCUCCUUGGCUACAGUACAAGCGUACGCGAAGUGUAAUCAAGGCAGAUUGUCCAACGAGACGUUCGCAGAGGAAAGCAGCUUCCAAGAUUUGGCUCUAAUAUUAGAUUUGCUGACGUUCAUACUGUCCAAAGACUAUUUCGAUUUGUGUCUGACGAACAACGAGGACGUGACCGUAACGGCCUCGGACGUUUCGUUGUUCGGCCUCAAUUUCAUACUGCCUUUAAUGACGAUGGAUUUGCUCAAGUACCCGAGCCUUUGUUCGCAAUUCUACAAACUGCUGGUGCUCGUCAACGACAUCUACCCGGAGAAAGUGUCGAAUCUACCGCCGGAUUUGCUCAACACCUUGCUGAGAUCGAUCGAAUUGGGCCUGACGAAUUUCGGCUCGGAUAUCGUACAGGCUUGCCUCGAUUUCAUACAGGGCAUGGCGGCGUUCGUGUUCAAUCAGAAGAAGGCCGAUACCGCGUACGGGCAGGCCGUGCGGCCCUUCCUGAAAAUCGUCAUAGACUUGACCCUAUCUCGACAGAUCAACACGGAUUUGACCAGCUCGGCGAGCACGUGCAUCUACUCGUUGAUGUGCUGCUUUCAGGAGGAGUACAACAUGCUGGUGCAGAGUUUGAUACAAGCGCAAAGCGAUCCGCUGACGGCUGAACGAUUGGCGGCGGCUUUUAAUAAUUUGGUCAGGAACGUUAAGUUGACCUGCGAGCGGUCGCCCAAGUUGAGGUUUCGGGAUAAUUUCGAUAAGUUUAUAGCGAACGUGCACGGGUUUUUGCUCGUGAAAUAGUAGGUCGUUUUUUAUGCGAAAUUGGGAACAAUAAUUUGCGCGUAUUUGAACCAGAAACGGCUCGUUUUUUAUAGAAUUCGAAGCGUUUCUGGUUCGAUUUAAGGGUAAUAUUUGACUGAGUAGUGAGUAAUAGCCGUUUCGACAAUCCUUCGAACAAUAAUUGUGCAAUUAAUUGCGAAAUGAACGAACUAAACGGGUUUGUUAAGGACGAAUAUAGUACGUUUUCUUUUACCUUUAGGAUUUAUCGAAUGUAGUAUUUAUCUGGCUUAAAUUUUAAAUGUAAAUGAGUAAUUAGACAUUACUUAGGCGAAAGUACGUUACAUUUCCGUCCUUUAUAUUGCUGGUUUAAUUUUGGAUUUUAGAUUUUAUGAAUUAACUUAUUUCACAAUUCGAUUUAAAUUUUACAAAUUCAUACAAAUUACAGUGUAAUUUGCUAAACACGGAUUAGCAAAUUGUGUGUAAGACUCAUAUUUGCGGUUUUAAUAAUGCAUUAGAAGUUUAAUUAUUUAUAUCUAUAUUUAUCGCUAUUUGUACUUCUUCCUG